AUGGUGAGGAAGGAGUGGGGAGAGGGGGAGACGGAGAAGAAGGGCGGGGGAGGCGGCGAUGGCGGCGCGGCCCAGGGGGACGAUUUUGACCCCGGGUCGCUUCCGCCGUUCACCCUCGGGGAGAUAAGGGCGGCGAUACCGAAGCACUGCUGGGUGAAGAGUCCCUGGAAGUCGAUGAGCUACGUUCUGAGGGAUGUCGUCGUCGUCUCCGCGCUGGCGGCGGUGGCGGGGUAUCUCAAUAGCUGGGCGGCGUGGCCGCUAUACUGGUUCGCGCAGGGAACGAUGUUCUGGGCCAUCUUCGUCCUCGGCCAUGACUGGUAAACCUAGCUCCAUCUCCCCGGACCCAUUUCUCAUUUCUCAUUUCCCAUUCGAAUUAUUUCGUCAUUUUUGUCUAAGAUACAAUGUAGUGGUUUCUGUUGCAUCGUCACGGGUUCUUCGCCCCCGAACGACCUUCUCCAUGAUUUCUGUCUUUCCGUUGUUCGUUCUCUUGUAAAAUGACAAAAAAGACUCGUUUUCUCACAGUAGACCCCUCUCUCUCUCUCUCUCUCUCUCUCUUCCAGAUCUCGUCAUUCUGAAGCACAUUCAAACGAAUCAAAUCUCGUUCUUCUCUUCUCUCUCUCCCUCCCUCUCCAUCCUCCCGUUCAAUUUUUUUCAAGAACAGGUGAGAAUAAUGGGCAGUAAAGAAAGAACAGAUAUUUCAAAAAUGUUACUUUUGUAAUCAGAAAGGAUCCUGACAUUGAGCUUUCUUGCCUGCCUGCGGCUGCACUGAGUUUUCCUUUGAUUUUUCGUUCAGGCUCUCGCUUUUAAAAGCGUGAUGUGAGUGAAUCAGGGGGCUCUUGUCCCCUCUGUAGAUCUCGGGGGGCCCCCCAUGUGGGACUCUUAAGCCUAUGCUCUCUCUCUCUCACAGACACCCGAUCUGACAAGCGUAAACGCGAUCUACUUGGUUGUUUUUAAUCCCCAAGUGAGCAGAUCUGUUGUUGUGUGAUAUUGCAGCGGCCACGGGAGCUUCUCUGAUAGCAAGACGCUGAACAAUAUCGUCGGCCACGUUCUCCAUUCCUUCAUCCUCGUGCCCUACCACGGAUGGUACGAAUCCCAACACUUCCCUUCAACCCCCCUGAAGCCUCUUUAUUUCUAGCGUUUUAUUUAUCAAAGAUUAUUCUGUCAUUCACAGGAGGAUUAGCCACAGAACCCACCAUCAGAACCAUGGGCACGUGGAAAAGGACGAAUCUUGGCACCCGGUGAGCGAAUCUCUCCGAUCAUCUGGCGACGAAGAGAUAAAAACCAGAUCGACGUAGACAGCGCUGUAACCGGUUUGUUCUUGAAAACUUACAGCUGCCGGAGAGGAUUUACAGGAGCUUGGAGCGCUCCACCCUUAAGAUGCGGUUCACCUUCCCCUUCCCCAUGUUCGCUUUCCCUGUGUACCUGGUAAGACCUCCAUCCGGCCUUGCUGAGCUCUCGGUGUUCUUCGCUUCCUAUGGCUCUGAGAGCUCCGCAUGCCGCUGCUGCUGCUGCAGUUGUACAGAAGCCCCGGCAAGUCGGGCUCUCACAUAAACCCUUACAGCGACCUCUUCACCCCCAAUGAGAGGGAAGCGGUGGCUACUUCGACUAUCUGCUGGACGGCAAUGCUCCUGCUUCUCGCCGGCGUAACCUGGUUGCAGGGCUGGAUCUUCGUCAUCAAAUUUUACUGGAUCCCUUACUUCGUAAGUUCCUCAGAGCUCUUCAUCUUCCGGGCAUCGCACUGCCCAUUUAACCUAUUCCUCAGUCGAUUGAUCAAACCUCCCUGGGCAAGCAGAUUUUUGUCAUGUGGCUGGAUCUGGUGACCUACUUGCACCACCAUGGCUACGACGAGAAGCUCCCGUGGUACCGCGGCGAGGUGAGAAGUCGUCGGCUUCAAAUCAUGCUCUUUCAGUUGACUCUCAUUCUUCGCGUCAAUUGAUUUCGACUCUGGCGAUCAGGAGUGGAGUUACCUCCGGGGAGCGUUGACCACUAUCGACAGAGACUACGGAAUCAUCAACAACAUCCACCACGAUAUCGGCACGCAUGUGAUCCACCACCUCUUCCCGCAAAUCCCGCACUACAACCUCAGAGCCGCGGUAGGCCAACCCUUCCCUCUCUCUCUCUCUCUCUCUCUCUCUCUCUCCCAGUGACUCCAUGGAAGGCCCGUGACCACAUCUUCCUCUCUCUCUCUCUCUCGCUAUUGUGGUGCAGACGGAGGGAGCCAAGCCGGUGCUGGGGAGGUACUACCGCAGGCCCGAGAAAUCCGGUCCCCUUCCCACUCACUUGGUUGAAGCUCUGGCCAGAAGCUUGAAGGAGGACCACUUCGUCAGCGACACCGGCGACGUCGUCUACUACCAGACGGAUUCCCGGCUUGCGGGCGCUCCGGCGAAAGCCGAAGGGCUCUUCAAGGCGGACUGA